GUUCAAAAUGUCCGCCUCCGACUGGCGGUGCUUUCAAUGAACGAAGAAUCGAAGCCAUCAGUCUGUUAGUAUUUUCAAAAAUACAUUGGAUUUUUUUAUAAUCAAGUUUAUAUUUAGAGGUUUACAUCAACGUCUAAUAAAAUUUCGGCAAAAUAACUGAAAUACUAAAUAAUCAGAAUGAAUAACGACUCAGAGGGAUUCACCGACCUGCUGCAGCAGGCUGAGCAGCUGACUGCAGACAUGGACUCAGGAACAGACCUCCCCCAUGUGGAGAGAAAUCUACAGCAAAUACUUGAAGCUGGCCAACGUUUACUUACACGAACGACUCCUGCCAGUCAGGAUAAUAUUGAUGUUCAGGCUUCCAUACUGUUGGGCAGUAAAGGUUUUGUUCUGCCCAAAAUAUCAGAACGUCUUGAAGGGCUAAGGGCAGCAACAACCUUUGAGCCACUGGAACCUGUGAGGGACACUGACAUUGAGGGAUUCCUUAGAAAUGAAAGAGAAAAUGCCUUGUUAGCUGUUAUUGAACAAACAAGAAAAAAUACGUUUGAAGAGGUUGACAGAAGACACUGGGAGUGCAUGGAGAAUGAGUGGGAGAGAGAGAAACAGAGAAUUCUUAACUCAUUACUUGGUUCAGGCCAGGAGUCUUUUGAAUUUCAGCAGGAUCCAGAGAUGCUUAUAUCAGAUGGACAACUUAGCCAAGGUAGAAGCAGUCUGGAUAAUGUUGAAAUGGCUUAUGCUAGACAGGUUUUUAUCUACAAUGAGCAUGUUAUAGAAAAUGGCAUACUGCCAAGCCUGGUUGACAUGUUCCUUCAGGUAGCAAACAGCAUUGGAGAUAAGAAUGUCAUAGACUUGUGGGAGCUUGUCCAGUGUAUGACAGUCAUCCCAUUGGGUCAGAUGUUUGGCAAUCAGCCCGCCUUGAUACGCAAAAACCCUCAGAUACAGUCCAGCUUUGUGGCCAGGGCAAAACACUAUCUAGAGGAAAGCUACAUUCGCUACCUUGAGACAACCAUCUGCAGCAAUCUAAGAAAAGCACAGCUUGGGGGUAUUCCAGGAACCUACAACCUAGUUCUUAGUUACUUGAAUGUAAAGCCUCCUAUCACAGCUCGUUCAUCUGAGGAUGGAGAGCUAGACAAACAACCAGUGUGGGCUUUGUUGUUUUAUUGUUUACGUUGUGGGGACCUUAGAGCUGCCAAGCAUGUUGUUGAAAGAGCCGGGAACCAGUUGGGUGACUUUCCAACCUAUUUUAAUGAAUACCUGAGCACAACAGACCACAGGCUGGGCCCUGGGAAUGACACAAAGAUUAAACUACAGUAUCGUCGAGUGGUUAAGAACUGCUCAGACCCUUACAAACGGGCUGUCUACUGUGUAAUAGGUCGUUGUGAUUGGGUGGAGGACCACACAGAAAUUCUAGACAAAAUUGACGACUACCUGUGGAUGAAGUUAUCCCACAUCCAGGAGCAUUCAGUCAUUGAUGGCACACAAGAACACCUCUCACUUCCACAUUUACAAAAAUUAUUGUAUGAAGAGUAUGGUGAGUCCCACUUCAAUGGUUACCAGCAGCCUUUCUUGUACUUCCAAGUCCUGUUCCUCACCUGCCAGUUUGAGGCUGCUAUAGAAUUCUUGAGUCGCAUUGAGAGGCUGAGGUACCAUGCUGUGCAUGUGGCUUUAGUUCUGUAUGAGAUGAAGAUGUUGGUCAUCCCUCCUAACUGUCAGGCACAGCUGUUAAGUCAAGAUGCAUCAGAUCCAUCUGGGCUGAGGAGACUAAAUUUAGCUCGUCUGAUUAUGAUGUACACACGCAAGUUUGAGGCCACAGAUGCACAGGAGGCGUUGCAGUAUUUUUACUUUCUGAGGAAUCUAAAAACACCGAAUGGAGAGGAUCUUUUCAUGUCUUGUGUUAGUGAGUUAGUACUUGAAACUAAAGAGUUUGAUAUGCUCCUUGGAAGACUAAUGAAAGAUGGAACUAGAAAGCCAGGUGCUAUAGAUCGUUUUAACCAAGACACACAGAAAAUAACCGAACUGGUGGCUAAAGAAACAGAGUCCAAAGGUCUAUUUGAAGAUGCCAUACAGCUUUAUGAUUUAGCCAAGGAUCAUGAGAAAGCCUUGACCUUGAUGAACAAGUUGCUGAGCCAGGUGGUUGCCCUAGCUCCAUCUCCUCUGUCCACAAGGGAGAGACUGCAGACCAUAGCUGUCAAUAUGGCAGAAAGGUAUAGCUCUUUGGGCCAUGAAGCCACUCAAAUGACAACAAAAACAUUCUACCUCCUGCUCGAUCUCCUCACUUUCUUUGAUUACUGCCAUGCUGGAGCCAUCAAUGAUGCUCUGAAGGUGAUGCAAGGGAUUCAAAUUUUACCAUUUUCAACUGAUGAAGUUGAUCAUAGAGUCAGCAACUUCAAACAUUAUUCCGAUGAGGUAAGAAGAUGUUUACCUGACCUCCUGUUGGCCACCAUGAAUAUUCUACUCAAUCAGUACAACACUACCAGGAACUCCAGCACACAAAGCCCCUUGUCACGGAGGAAAUAUGGAGAGGAUGGUGGGAAAGACAGUUACUUAAAUUACCUGCGCAGCCAAGCCAGGUCACUGAUCAUGUUUGCUGGCAUGUUGCCCUAUAGACUGCCUGGUGACACAAACGCCAGACUUGUUCAAAUUGAUGUCUUGAUGAGCUAAUGUUUACCUCGUCUUAAUAAACCUUGUCGCGGAGUCGUACUGUAUAAAAUGGAGUCAAAACAUUGACGUUUUUAAA